AUAACAGGCUUUCAGUGAUCAGUCGAGCGGCAGUAUGGAGACCGAGACGGCUCUGCUCUGGGGCUUCAUAGUCCUCCUGCUCCUCGUCGUGGCAACGGUCACAGCCUUGCUCGUCCACUCGGGGCUCCUCAUCCCUGUGGAUGUCAAGACGUGCAAACCUGACAUAGGUGAAAUCCAAAUUGCUUACAAGUUUGCUCAAGGCCCAUACAAGGAUUCUGGGAUGCUCUUUACUGAAGUCCAUACACUAUUACCACAGUAUCGUACUAUUGGUGUUUAUUAUGAUGACCCAAACACAAAACAGCCCCACAAGUUGCGCUACAUUGUGGGCAUCAUAUUGUCAGAAAAUGGUAGUCCAACUAAUGCAGAACAUCUGAAACUCCUUGAAGAAAAUAAUUACAGAUUUGCAACAUUUCCAUCAAUUGACCAUGCAGUCCAAACUAGAUUUCCAUUCAAAAGUACAAUUUCAAUUAUUGUGGCUAUAAUGAAAGUUUAUCCAUCUCUUCGUGAGUACAUUGAACACAGAAGUUUGUGUGCUCGUCCAUUCCUAGAAGUCUAUGACAACGAGAAGUCAGAGAUUUUGUUUGUGGGCCCACUGGCACGUCAGGAUGAUUUCUAUGUCCCAGAGGUGCUACAGGAGGAAGAGGACAACAGAGAUGACGAUGACUUUGAGGAUGAUAGGACAGAGAAUUCCAGCCGGUCAUGGGAUGAGUCUGCAUCUUUCAUACGAGGUGGUGGUGAUCUGAAUGAUUCAGAAUGUUCAGAAAGUGUGGGUGAUGACAGUUCCAGCCACCCUUUAGCCUCAACACAAGAGAGCCCCAGUGUUCCACUCUCUUCCUCGGUACAAGACAGAACAGAUUCCUCCACACUUCAUGUCUUACCUCCACCUGCCCAGGGAGAACCAGAAACACCAGGAGGGAAUCAUCCUGUUCCCCCACCAAGUGAAGCUUCAGUAGCCAGCACUUCAGCUCUGGUUCCUCCAGCUCCAGCCAAUGAGGGUGUGGAUGGGGCCGACACAGCUUCAGCUGGAGGAGAUGAAAGUGAUGCUAAUACUGGCUCUUCAUUUGAAGAGAUUGAUGAGAGAGAAGCAGCAGUUAUGCCUGAAGCAGGCACUAUGGAUGAGAAUCUUUCUGCCUCUGUGAAAAAGGAUGACGAUGAAGGGGAACGAUAAAGAUUUUUAUAUUUUUUUGCAUUUUGGAUGUGAAAGAUGAUAUGGUUUUGUCUUGCUAACAGAUAGCUAAUGCUAGUAGUCAUAUAUAGAAAGCAUGCAUGCAACGUGAAAUAAAAUCUAGAAAAAAAAGAAAUGUAGUGUCAGCUUUUUUAUGAUCACCAUUUACAAGGAUUUUCUUUCUUUCUUUUUCUGGCCUACCAUACAUAAAGCAAUAGUUAUCAUUAAAUCAUGUCUGUGAAAGUGGAGCUGGUAAGGCAAUAUACUUACACCAUAUUUUAUUAAACCAGAAGAGAAAGCUACUUUAUGAGUAGUAUUUCAUCCCCUAGAAAAUCUGGAUAAAUAUUGUAAGGAAAGUUAAAUAUCCUGAAAUGUACCUAAUGAAAAUUUUCUUUUGGUAGAUUCAAUGGUAUUGACUUGCCACUGUAUAUAUUACAGAUAUUUUUUGAAUCAGAGUCCAUAAUUGAAGAAGAUGGUAUCAAAAUGUACCUCUAGUUUUCUAAAAGGUAAUGAAAAUAAAAUUAUUGCAGUGUU